AUGGACAAGCUAUGGAGUGCAUUCAGGGGCUCGAAAAAACCCAACAAAGAGCUCAACCAGAGCACUUACUCCCUGGUCUCCUGCGGGGAGGUGAGCCCAGACACCUUGCAGCUGUGGCUUGGUCUCCCGGAAGAAGUCAAGUACGACCCGGAGCUGGACAAGUUCAGAAGGCUGUAUGAGGAGAGCGCUCAAUCGGAGCCACAACCGGUGAAUCAAAAGGAUGGAGCGACGAAGAACCCUCAACGCUUGCCGUCUGCUAGCUCGGCACCUUUACUCGGCGGUAAACUAGAAGUAAAGGAUCCAAAAAAUAGCAUUAACGACAAAGAAGAAAUUGCCAAGUUAAGGAAUGUAGAAACUGUGGAAAGCAAUAUUCGCAUCCAACCCUCGACGAGGUUCCAAAAGAAGAUUAGUGAUGCAAAACACUACACAAAGAUGACUGUACUGCUGGGAUGCUGGGUGUUCUUUACCGCUGUAUUCUUGAUGUGCAACGAGAAGAAAGAGGUUUACAAAAACACAGCCAUAAUACCUGGGAUAUACCAGAAUUUCACUUUUGAACAGUCCGAAGCGCAAUCGGUUCUCGUAAAAGUCUCCGGGCCCUUUCUCUCUGAGCAAGCCGAGAUGAAGAUGAACUCAAGUGUGUUGGAGACGAGGGAGCGGCUGAUAGUCUGGGUGGAGAGAUGGCCCUCGAACAGAAGCGGUGUUCCACACGUUAAAACAGAGAUGGCGGUAAAUUCAACGAAUUCUUGGAGUGUGAUCCUGCAAGACCAGGAUCUGGCCUGCAACGAAGGCGAAUCACGAGCCUUCAUCUUUCGCUUCGAUCUAAAUACCAACGGUAGCGUCAACGUACUCCGUAUGAGAGCCACUUCUAGCGAAACCGUUGCCUUUGCCGUUAGCUUCAGCAUGGACCCCCUGGAAGUCAGCACCGGCGUCAUCUGCGCUUGCAUCUUGCUCUGCGGACUGUACGUGUUGAUUAUAUUUGAGAUAAUAAACCGGACCAUGGCAGCCAUCGUCGUCUCCACCACGUCGUUGGCCGUCCUGGCCUUAGUCGGCGAGAGGCCCUCGCUGCCGGAGAUCGUCUCUUGGCUGGACGUGGAAACCCUGCUACUGCUGUUCAGCAUGAUGGUGCUGGUCGCGAUCAUGGCGGAGACCGGGAUUUUCGACUUCCUCGCCGUCUUCACUUUCGAGGUGACCAAGGGUAGGCUGUGGCCGUUGAUAUUCUUGCUUUGCGCCAUCACGGCUAUCCUCUCCACUUUUCUGGACAAUGUCACCACCGUGCUCCUCAUGUCGCCGGUCACCAUCAGGCUGUGCGAAGUGAUGGACCUCGACCCCGUGCCGAUUCUAAUGUUCAUGGCGAUGUACAGCAACAUCGGGGGCACCGCGACGCCGGUCGGCGACCCGCCCAACGUCAUCGUCGCCUCCAACAAGGCCGUCAUCCAAGCCGGCAUCAACUUCACCAACUUUACCGCGCACAUGGCCCUCGGGAUUCUGUUCAUCUCGAUUCAGACGACUCUUCAGAUCAGAUUCAUGUACCGGGACACAAAUAAACUGAGGCUGAAGGAGCCGAGGGAGAUCCAGGACAUCCGCCACCAGAUCAGCAUAUGGCGCCGCGCUGCGGACUCCUUGCCGCAUCUGAGCAGGGACGUGCACGUGGUGAGGGAGCGGUUGGAGAAGAAGGUUGCCAAGCUGAGCCAGCAGCUGGAGAAGAUGCUGCGCGAGAGCAGCAAGAGGGCCUGCCCCAAGGACACGUUCAGGAGCACGCUGAUGGAGCUGAAGGAUAAGUACAAGAUCCGCGACAAGCCACUGCUCUUGAAAGCAAUAGUCGCGAUUGCUUUCGUGGUGAUCGUCUUCUUCCUUCACUCCAUACCAGAGCUAAAUCGGGUGUCUCUGAGCUGGACUGCGCUCCUGGGCGCCAUCCUCCUGCUGAUCCUGGCCGACCGCGAGGACCUGGAGCCGGUGCUGCACCGGGUCGAGUGGUCCACUCUGUUCUUCUUCGCCGCUCUCUUCGUGCUCAUGGAGGCUCUAUCCAAGCUUGGACUGAUCUUAUACAUCGGUGGAUUGAUGGAACAACUCAUUAUGAAGGUGGAUGAAAGCAGCCGCCUCGCCGUUGCCCUGAUGCUGAUCAUAUGGGUGUCAGGAACGAUAUCUGCCUUCGUGGACAACAUACCGCUAACGACAAUGAUGGUUCGCGUGGUGGUGUCUAUAGGAUCGAAUCCCAACCUCGGACUGCCCUUGGCGCCGCUCAUAUGGGCCUUGCUGUUCGGAGCUUGUUUGGGAGGUGCGUGGUAUCGCGCCGUGCUAGUGGCGGAGCAGCACGGCUACCGCUUCUCGUUCAUGCGCUUCUUCAGGGUCGGCUUCCCGGUCAUGAUCGGCCACCUGGUGGUGGCCUCCGUCUACCUCAUCAUCUGCCACUGCGUCUUCGCUUGGCAU